UCACUGGAGUUUUUGAUUAAACCUGAACCUCGCAAAGUUAUUCAUUCCCUGCAGCUCUCUAGACACAAUGACAGUCAACUUUAACACCAGCUGACUAAGGAAUAUAGUUUCCAAAGUUUUUGCUGCGCUAAUGGAAAGUGGGAACGCUUACACUGCUUGAUCGUACGGCUGAAGAACAGAGAACUGAGAACAUGGGGAAAUGGGAGGUCACAAUGGACCCAGUGCAGGAGUGGGGAGAGGAGGUGGAAGACGGGGCCGUCUACGGGGUCACUCUUCACCGAGAACCCAUCCAACCCCCAGCUGAUGCCGCUGAGAACGAUUCUGCCUUUGGCUUCAUGCAGUACCGCACACUGAAGGUCCGCAGGCUUAAAGCAGCCACUCUGGAGCGUCUUGUCACAGAAUUGGUGAACCCAGAGUGCCCCGACCCAGAUUACACGCAAAUCUUCCUUUCCACCUACAGAGCCUUUACCUGCACAAAUACUCUCAUAGAAGUCCUGUUUCAAAGAGAGGACAUGGUCACCAAUCUGGACAACAGUGUCUGUGUCAGGAGUUCUCUGCCCUGUCUGAUCCGGCUGUGGUUGGACGAAUAUCACGAGGACCUUCGGGACUCUCCGGAUCAACAGGCUCUCCGGCUGCUCUGUGUUCAUCUGCGUCAUCGCCUUUGUUUCAGACGUCUGGUUAAUCAAGCCGAUGCUCUUCUCAGAAAAUUUCAGACUGAAGACAAGCACAUGGGUACAUCAGUAGAAGCCAGUGCUGCUGCUGCCGUAGAGAGUCCAGAAACUAAAGACACCAUGGACAGACGGGACACAGAAGAGAUGGGGGAUGUACUGGCCUUCCCAGCUCAAGACAUAGCUGAGCAGCUCACGCUAUUAGAUGCUGAACUCUUUGUCAAAGUGGUUCCGUUUCACUGCCUUGGCUGCAUUUGGUCUCAAAGGGACAAGAAAGAGAACCGGAAUCUAGCGCCCACGGUCCGUGCCACCAUUGCCCAGUUCAAUGCCGUCACUAACUGCGUUAUCACCUCUCUGCUGUGCCCUUCUGCCACCUCCUCUCCCGGCUCCCCAUCCUGCCCUCGUAGCAGCCCUACACACAGGGCAACGAUAAUUGAGAAGUGGAUCUCUGUGGCUCAGGAGUGCCGUCAGUUAAGAAACUUCUCCUCUCUAAGAGCCAUCUUAUCUGCUCUUCAGUCUAAUGCUGUCUACCGGCUAAAGAAAACCUGGGCGGCAAUCAGCAGGGAGAGUAUGACUGCCUUUGAUCAGCUGUGCGACACCUUUCCCGAUGAGAACUGUGUGCUGAUCAAUCGAGAGAUCCUAGUAGAGGAAGAAAACCAGUCAGCAGAGGUAGACUCUCACUCUGCACCAAAGUCUCCCAGACUUAGUCCUACAUUGAAGCACACGAACCCCUCCAAUGGUGAGGUGCCGUACCUGGGCACUUAUCUAACAGUUCUCACCAUGUUGGACACAGCACUAAGUGAUAAUGUACAGGGAGGUCUCAUCAACUUUGAGAAGCGUAGAAAAGAGUUUGAGAUUCUGUCUCAGAUCCGGCAGCUGCAGGCAUCAUGUGCUCAGUACACUCUACAAUCACAUCCUCAUAUCAUUUCCUGGAUCAACAGCAGCAUGCCCCUUACUGACCAGAAGAGUUAUGAGUUGUCAAGAGAGCUGGAGCCACCAGUUGACCCCUGUCCAGGCUCUCCCAACCACUGGAGCCACCGGCUCAUCUCCAAGAAACUGACCUCAUUGCUGUCUGGCAGUGAGAACGUCUCAAAGAAAACUCUUGCUGAUCAGAUCAGUGUAUCGUCCUCUGGCUCCAGUGGCUCAGAGAUGGAAGAUCUCAGCAGCCCCAACCUCUCACCUCUUGGAUACAAAGUACGGUCACAGUCUGUAUCCUGUCAGGACAUCUCAGUAGACACACCCACCGUCUCUGUGACUCCGCCCACCUCCUUUCGAAGAUCCCUACAGGCAGAUCUGUCUGACAGCCCCUCCCCUUCUUCAUCUGCAACAUCUUCGUCAUCUUCGUCAUCCUCUCCUUCUCUCCAGCUGCACGCUGCCCUUCAUCCAAUGUACAACAAGCAAGUUGCCGAUACUUGUAUUAUCAGAGUCAGUGUGGAAUUUGGCAACAGCGGAAACAUUUAUAAAAGUAUUUUGAUAACCAGUCAGGACAAGACGGCUCAGGUGAUUCAGAGAGCUCUGGAGAAACACAACUUGGAGGAGAUGAACUGCCAGGAUUUUAGUCUCACACAAGUUCUUUCGAGUGACAAAGAGUUGCUGAUCCCAGACAAAGCCAACGUGUUCUAUGCCAUGUGCACCACUGCCAACUAUGACUUUGUGCUUCGUCAGCUUUACAAAAAUGUCAGCAGAGCGCCUGGUUCAUCCUGGAGUCCUGGAGCUGUACCGAAGGGACGCAAGUAACGUGAAUGACAACACACAACAUGGUGGUGUAAUACAUGAAAAUGUGAACGGUGAACAGAGACUACAUAACCACA